AUGAAAAUCCAGGAAACAGUACUGUGGUCUGACAGUACGAUUGUUUUAGCAUGGAUUAAAAAACCACUGAAUCAACUACAACAGUACGUGCGCAAUAGAAUCGCUCUGAUUCAAGAGCAGACUAGUGAGCAUCGAUGGAAGCAUGUCAGAUCGCAGCAAAACCCAGCCGAUAUCAUCUCCCGAGGCCAACUUCCUGAGUAUCUUCAGAACAAUCCGCUCUGGUGGAGCGGUCCCGAAUUCCUGAAUAGGGAAAAGUAUGAAGUAGACGUGCCCGAAACUAUACCUGAUGAAGAGCUACCAGAACUUAAAUCCAUGGUGACAGUGUCAAACGAUGAUGGUUUGCUGGCCUAUUUCCACAAGCAAAGUAGUUUCCGUAAAAUUCAACGAGUCGUGGGAUACAUUUUGCGCUUCGCUAAGAAUUGUAAAAAGAAGCGUGCCGAACGUGAGCUUGGGACACAUUUACCCGUCAGCGAGCUACGCCAAUCCACGGAAACCAUUGCAUAUGUCGUACAGCAGUUCCAUUUUGCCGAUGAAAUCAAGCGCGUUGUUACCAAUCAACCGUGCCGAAAACUUGGUAAUUUACGCCCGGUUUACGUCAAUAAGCUUCUCCGCGUGGGUGGUCGGUUGGAUCGCUCGCAACUACCUUUCGAGAAUCGUCAUCCUAUAAUAUUGCCGGAUAAGGAUCCGGUGGUGCGGCUGCUAGUGCAACAGAUGCACAUCGAGUUACUCCACGUAAGACAAACUGGACUUUUGAAUGCCAUGAGACAGCGAUAUUGGCUUCUAAACGCAAGAUCUACCAUUCGUUUCAUCACCCGUCGUUGCGUCAGAUGUUUCCGUACCAGCCCUACUACUACCAGUCAGCUAAUGGGAAACCUACCAGAGUCUAGAGUAGUACCUUCCCCUCCGUUCGCCGUAACAGAUGUCGACUAUGCCGGGCCCUUUUGGACGAAACAAGGAUCACGUCGACCUGCAAUAGUGAAAUCGUACGUAGCAGUGUACGUUUGUAUGACGACUGAGGCCGUUCACCUGGAGGCCGUAUCCGAUUUGAGCACCGAUGCUUUCCUGGCUCUUCGACGAUUGAUAGCUCGACGGGGCAUGAUUCGUGAGUUGCACUCGGAUAAUGCUAGUAACUUCCGAGGCGCCAACCAUGAAUUGAGAGCAUUGUACCAACAAUUCCAUAAUCAACAAUUCGUUGAGUCGAUUCAGUCUUUUUGUAGCAGCCGUGAAAUCGAGUGGCACUUUAUCCUACCAGAUGCCCCUGAAUUUGGCGGCUUGUGGGAAGCGACGGUGAAAUCCUGCAAAACUCAUCUUAAAUGUAUUGUCGGUAACGUGAAGUUAACUUUUGAGGAACUGGCUACAGUCUUAGCACAGAUUGAGGCUGUCAUGAACUCCAGACCGCUGUUUACCAUCUCCAAUGAUCCAGCAGAUCCACUUGUGAUCACGCCAGCUCACUACCUUAUCGGUCGACCACUUACAGCUCCCGCUGAACCAUCGUUAGAAGAUGUCAAGGUUUCUCGUUUGAGCCGCUGGCAGCAUCUCCAACUUCUCCGUGAACAAUUUUGGCGUACUUGGAGCCGAGACUAUUUAAACACCCUACAACCCAGGAAAAAGUACCUACGAGAGAUGCCUAACGUUCGUGUCGGCAUGAUUGUGCUACUGCAUGAUCGAAAUCAACCUCCUCUCAAUUGCAAACUAGGUCGCAUCGAAGAAGUCUACCCUGGCGAUGAUGGGCUUGUACGAGCAGUAGAUGUCUUCUCCAACGGUCACCAUUUUUGA